AUGCGAACAGCUUCCAAAGCAAAUGCUGAAGCUCAGCAAUGGCGUGCUCGCUUUGAGGGUGAGGGCAUGAACAGAGCAGAAGAAUUGGAGGAAGCUAAGAGAAAACUUGCUCAUAAAGUACAAGAAAUGCAAGAACAACUGGAAUCUGCUAACCAAAAGAUCAGCUCUUUGGAGAAGACGAGACAGAGAUUGGUGCGUGAACUGGAAGAUGCUCAAGUGGAUGCUGAUAGGGCGAAUGCUGCGGCAAACUCGCUAGAAAAGAAGCAAAAAGGUUUUGAUAAGGUUAUCGAAGAUUGGAAGCGCAAAUGCGAAGCUCUCGUCCAGGAUGUUGAAGCCAGUCAACGCGACACUCGAGCUGCAGCCACCGAAUCUAUGAGACUACGUAAUCAGCUUGAUGAGGCAGCUGAACAGAUCGAAGGAGUUCGUCGUGAAAACAAGGCUUUGGCUCAAGAGCUCAAAGACAUUACUGAUCAACUUGGUGAAGGUGGCAAGAGCGUUCACGACCUACAGAAACUUAGAAGACGUUUGGAAUUGGAGAAGGAAGAGCUUCAGCAAGCCCUCGACGAAUCAGAAGCAGCACUAGAAGCGGAGGAGUCCAAGGUGCUGAGAGCGCAAGUGGAAGUAUCUCAGAUCCGUUCCGAAAUUGAAAAGCGCCUCCAAGAGAAGGAAGAAGAGUUCGAAAAUACUCGAAAGAAUCACCAAAGAGCAUUGGAAAGCAUGCAAGCAUCGUUGGAAAGUGAAUCAAGAGGACGAGCAGAGUUACUAAGAUUGAAGAAGAAAUUAGAGAGCGACAUCAAUGAACUGGAAAUUGCUUUGGAUCACGCCAACAAAGCAAAUACUGACGCCCAAAGAAACAUGAAGAAAUAUCAGGAUACCGCACGAGAUCUACAGCUUCAAGUAGAAGAAGAACAGCGAUUACGAGAGGAGGCAAAUGAACAGACGCUGAUGGCUGAACGACGGGCUCAGAUGGCACAGCAAGAGAAGGAAGAGCUGUCCACUGCAUUGGAGCAGGCCGAGCGAGCUCGCCGACAAGCUGAUUUCCAAGCUGCCGAACAUAAGGAUGUCGCGACAACGUUAACGAAUACAAAUGCUGCUUUGACGGCGAAUAAGAGAAAGCUCGAAGGAGAGAUUCAGCAACUGCAAACUGAUCUAGAGGACACUCUAAACGAACUGAAAAACACUGACGAUCGAGCGAGAAAGGCA